AUGUUGAGAUCGACGUCUUCGCUUCGGGCGGCGUCGCCGGAUCUCGGUGACAUCGACGCGCUGCUUCAAACCAAAAUUGCCGGCGUCGUGAUCGGACGUGCGAUCUACGACGGCGAUCUCGAUCUCGUCGAAGCCAUCGCACGCGCGGGCGCUGAGCACGUGCCGUACCGACGCAUCAUUCCCUGUCUCGACGUCAAAGAUGGACGCGUCGUCAAAGGCGUUCGGUUCGUCGAUCUUCUCGACGCCGGUGACCCCGUCGAGUGCGCCCAAAAAUACGACGCGGACGGCGCCGACGAAGUCUGCUUUCUCGAUAUUACGGCGACCCACGAAGGGCGUCGCACCUUGCUCGACGUGGUCCGCAACACCGCGCAUCGCCUGCGCGUUCCGUUAACGGUGGGCGGCGGCGUGAGUGCCCUCGAUGAUGUGAAACGCCUGCUCGAUUACGGGGCCGAUAAGAUUGCCGUGAACUCCGGCGCCGUGCGUCGCCCGGACCUCAUCGACGAAAUUGCGAACACCGUCGGCAACCAAUGUCUCGUGGUCGCGAUCGAUACGCGCGGCGGCGUGUGGUCCAUGUCCGCGGGGGCCGGGGAAGCCACCGACAAGUCCACCCUCCCCUGGGCCAAAGAGAUCGCCGAACGGGGAGCCGGUGAAAUUCUCCUCACCUCGAUGGACCACGACGGCACCAAGGACGGGUACGAUUUGAUCACCACGCGAUCCAUCGCCGACGCCGUGCACGUCCCGGUCAUCGCCUCGGGCGGGGUCGGAACGAUCGACCACCUCUACGACGGCCUGACCGAAGGGCACGCCGACGCGGUCCUCGCGGCAUCCAUCUUCCACUUCGGCACCCAUACCGUACGAGAGGUCCGCGCCGCACUCGCGCACGGGGCGCUCAUGUCCGGCCUGUUUAGAAGCGUGAAGAUGUGGCGGUGA